AAUGUGGCCGUGCGGGCCAAGAUGGCGGCAGAGGCCGGCAUUUUGUAGUCCACGAUGUAGUCUACGAGCGCUCCUGUCAAACGCCGGGCGGGGAACCGUCCUGACCUUCGCGUCAAGACCAGGGAUCGAUCGAAGAAUCGACGAGGAUCGUCCGAGAUGUCUGCACAAAAGGACUCUGCCGUGGUUUCCUUCCUGAAGGACUUCAUCGCCGGAGGUGUAGCCGCGGCCAUCUCCAAGACCAGUGUGGCCCCGAUUGAAAGGGUCAAGCUUCUGCUUCAGGUGCAGCAUGUGUCGAAGCAACUCACGCCCGACAAACAGUACAAGGGCAUGAUUGACUGCUUCGUGCGCAUCCCCAAGGAGCAGGGCUUCCUCAGCUUCUGGCGCGGCAACCUGGCCAACGUCAUCCGCUACUUUCCAACACAAGCGCUCAACUUUGCCUUCAAGGACAAGUACAAGCAGCUCUUCCUCGGCGGCGUGGACAAGAAGACCCAGUUCUGGCGCUACUUCGCAGGCAACCUGGCCUCCGGAGGCGCCGCAGGAGCCACCUCCCUCUGCUUCGUGUACCCUCUCGACUUUGCCCGAACGCGCCUCGCUGCCGACACCGGCAAGGGCGCGGCACAGCGGGAGUUCUCCGGCUUGGGCAACUGCCUCACAAAGAUCUUCAAAUCGGACGGACUGGUCGGCCUGUACCGGGGCUUCGGCGUGUCGGUCCAGGGCAUCAUCAUCUACCGGGCGGCCUACUUCGGCUUCUUCGACACGGCCAAGGGCAUGCUGCCUGACCCCAAGAACACGCCAUUGGUCAUCUCCUGGAUGAUCGCGCAGACGGUCACGACGGUGGCGGGCAUCAUCUCGUACCCGUUCGACACGGUGCGGAGGCGCAUGAUGAUGCAGAGCGGCCGCGCGGUAGAGGAGAGGCAGUACAAGAGCACGAUCCAUUGCUGGGGCAAGAUCAUGAAGACGGAAGGAGGGGCGGCCUUCUUCAAGGGCGCCUUCUCCAACAUCCUCCGCGGCACGGGUGGGGCCUUCGUGCUGGUCCUCUACGACGAGAUCAAGAGCUUCAUCUUUUAGGUGGGCACCCGUGGUGCCGGGAAACUCAUUUGUUCCGCGGAAUUGGCCGCUAGCGUCUAGGCUUUAGAGGAAAGUCUUUCUUCGGCGAAACUCCAGUUGCUAGUCGUGCGAGCAGCGAAUUGUUAGGUAGCUUUACUGCAAACCUACAUCUGGAUUUUUUCUUUCUGUAAUUCUGCCUUUUUUGGAGCAGAAAGGGAACAAUAAAAGUGACAAGUGAUUUAGGAAAAAAAAGUUUUUGAAGUUGUCGCGCAUCAUGAGCGGAUACAAAUAGUGGAGGAGGUUCCCGGUGCAACGCGGCCAUAGGAACAGUUGUUAAGAAGAAGGUCGACAAAAAGGGUUGAGCGCCCCUAGCAACAGCCCGUCGCAAAGUGUACCAGUUGUGGUUCCUCGGAGAGUAGGCACGUAGGGAAAUGGAACCACCUUGCAAGCUCUAUCGGCGAAACCAACCGUCCAAGCGACAAGAUAUUGAAAUAAACGUGCAAAGUCUUCGAACAUG